CUAUAUAAACAAGCCCCUCCAGGGGGCUCCAUCUACAUUACCAACUCUCGUAUGAAAACAGUACACUAGCAUUAUACGUUCUUUUUUUCUUUCUUUUUUUAAAUUCCCGGGCCUUAUUUGCUACUGUAAACAAAACCCUGUUUGUAAAAGAAAUGAAGCUCGUUUUGGUGACAUUCCUGCUGGUUUCUCUUGUUCUCAGCUCCUUUCUCUUUGAGGAGUCGAUGGCUGGUUCAGGUUUCUGUGCGUACAAGUGCAAGGCAAGGUGCGCAAAGGCAGAUUUUAAAGAGAGGUGCUUCAAGUACUGUAACAUUUGCUGUCAGAAAUGCAGUUGUGUUCCAUCAGGGAACUACGAGAACAAGCACGAAUGCUAUUGCUACAGGGACAUGAAGAACUACAAGGGCUUGCCUAAGUGCCCUUAAAUACGGUCUUAAAUACAUGCUAUUGCUUAACUGUUGUAGAAGGCGAAUUUUAGCUUUUGUGGGGGCUGUACGUCUUAAAGAGUCUUCUUGGACGAGGACCCAUUAAAGGUUUCUAUUAAGCUAAUAUAAUUAAGGGUUUUAAAUGAAUAAAUGGUGUCUUCCAUAGUUUCUGGGUUAAGUUGCUUCAUUUGUUGAAUUUUCUAAUGUGAUCACUAAAUUGAAAAUUGAUAGUUUAACUUUAAAUGGGAGUUCGAACACUUUUACUGGUGCUGCUGGCUUGUUUGUAGUUAAUGACGAUGUAUAAGCUCACAAUAUCUUCAAUCAAGUUUGCAAUUUCCUUCUGGAUCAAGUAUCGUAUAACUUGAUCUCAGGAAAUCAAAGAGAUUUCCUUUUUGUUUCCUUUUUUCUAAUAAAAAUGGAUGAUAAACUAUUAUUUACAACAGAGGCACUGGGUAGUAGUUUAUCGAGUAGUACUGGUCUGGCUUGGAAGCACCAUCAUUGUUGUUUUGAGAGCUUCAAAAGCAUGUAUGGUAUGCAGGAUAAUAAUAUAGUAUACAAGAAAACUAUUCCCAGAUAAAUAUUUAA